CAUAGACAUGUAAACAAAUGGUAAAUAUUUUACCAGCUAAAAUAUACUGUAUUUCGUUUCUUGAAUAUUGGGAAAAAUCAUAAUGAAAUAUUCUGGUAGAACUCUGUUCACUGAGUCGAUUCGGAUAUUACUUGAACUGCCAAAAUUUCGUACUGCUAGUGACUGUUAGUUGCCGAGAUUAUGGAGAAAACGUUCAGUGGUUGAACCAUGGAUUUCCUUGAUUCGUAUAUUCGCAUUUUGUUAUUAUUUAUAUAUUUUGUUUUAAUAAAAGGACAGGAUAAUAAAGGGAGAGCAGAGAUAUUAAACUUAUUGCAAGCUGUAAAGAUAUCUCGAACGCCGCCAAAUUAUGACUCCCUCGAGGCAGCGGUGGUUAAAUGUUAUUUGGAUGUCAAUCAAGUUGACAGUAUCAGAGAAGCCCACAUGGACUUCACAGCGGACAUUGGUCUACAUUUAACAUGGAAAGAUACUAAACUAAUGGAGAAUAUACGACAAUAUAAAUACACUUUCGAUUAUUUGGAUUUUGAUGCUCUAAACAUGGAGAAGGUCUGGGUGCCAGAUAUAUAUUUCCCUAACGAAAAGAAAGCCGCGGUACACAACAUAAUGAUGGCCAAUAAAAUGCUGAGACUUUACAAGAAUAGUACGGUCAGCUAUAAGAUAAGAGUCUCAGUGACGCUGAGCUGUCAAAUGGACCUACGAAAAUAUCCGUUCGAUAAACAAGUCUGCUCUAUCCUCAUGGAAAGUUUUAGUUUCACAUCAGAUCAGCUUAUCUUACUGUGGGACGAAUCUGAGCCAAGUCCACUGUUUACAGCCAAUAUAAAAGAGUUACGUCAGUUUAGAAUGAUCGGCACAGAUUAUAAACACUUUAACCGUUCCCAUGGUAUCACAGGUAAUCAUAGUUGUCUACAAGCGGACUUCCAUCUUGUACGUAACAUCGGAUAUUACGUCAUACAAAUGUAUGUUCCAAGUCUACUUAUAGUGAUGCUAUCCUGGCUGUCGUUCUGGUUAAACGUCAAUUCUAUUCCGGGGCGCGUCACGCUCGGCGUCCUAUCUGUACUCACAAUAUCCACACAGAGUACAAGCGUCAAUGCGUCUCUACCACGUGUCAGCUACACAAAAGCUAUUGAUGUUUGGAUGGCUACUUGUCUAGUUUUUGUAUUCGCCGCGCUCAUUGAGUUUGCGGUAGUGAAUGUGUUGAGUCAGAAGGUACCUGGUCGCCGGUUCUCUCUCGCCACUUUGUUCCUCAUACAGGGAGAGAAAGAAGAAAAAGAAACGACAGUGGACCAAGAUGGACGUGUAUCACUAGAAAGACAGCCGAGGAGCAACGUAGUGCUGUGUUCCGCAUACCUCGAUAUUGCGUCGAGGGUCAUGUUUCCAGCCGCGUUUGGGAUCUUCAACAUGAUCUACUGGAUUUACUAUCUAAAUGUAACAGAGUACUAAACCAACUCGAGUCGACAUCUCUGCUUAAAUGGCCCUAUAAUUUCUAAAAGAAGAUAGUAGUAAAGUCAAUUAAGAGUGGGAUUGGUGUUGACAAAUACAGUGGUUUUUAUAUUUGGCCGAAAUUUGGACAGACAUAAAAGAGCGAUAGAACGUUUAGUUAUUUUAUAAUGCAUCUGUUAAUAAAUCGAUGGUGUCAACUAGCUUUAGAUUGAACUAGCUUUAGAUUGCCUAAAUGUCAUCAUAUCAGUCAAUGUCUAUAAAUGUCGCUUUAGCUGGUUUGAGCUCUACAUCUACUAUCAUAAACAAAGAGAAAUGUAUGUUUGGUCUGUUGUAGAAACAUGUAGAAAUUAUCAGUGCAAAUGAAGAAAGCUCCCAUUUAAAGACAGAGUUCACACUAACAUUAACAGUUGCAUUGCCUGUUUGUGCGUUUUCUAAGUCACCCAACCCAAACAGAAAUUAAUCUUAUAAAAAUAUUAACGGCACCUGUUCUGCUUCAACCAAGAAAAACAUGGCUCCAUAUAGUAAAAAAAAGUUACAUAUUAAAGCUUGGACAUAAAUUGUUAACGUACGUCCCAGGUUAAAGGUCACCACAUCUGCACACUCUAAACAAAACUAUGCAUUGUGUUUGUACUAACAAACUUAUACAACAUUCCUAAGUUUCCGACCGUCUCAGUCGUUAAUUAUGCAUAUGGUAAUGUAACGAUGCAUAUGUCAGUAGUUUAUAAAUUUUUGGAGUAUGUACAUUUUUGUAGUAUGUACAUUUUUUGUAGUAUGUACACUUUUGUAAUAUGUACAUUUUUGUAGUAAUGUAUAUUUUGAAUAUUGCAGUUAAUUUUUCGUAAAAAUGGCAUUUUAAGUAAAGAAAUCUUCAUUGUGUU